GGCAGAAUAGGGGCAUCUGCCUGGGAGGCGGCCGCCAAUACAGCGCGACGUAAAAUAAGGGCGGCGCGCUGUUCCGGCCGGGUUCACCGCGCGGCUCCAGCGGCGACGCUGCGUCCGCGCAUGCCGCCGCCGACACUCCCGUGCACACGCUCCGAGCACGCACCUCGGUGGCCGCCGUAUUCGCGCUGUACGCGAUGACGACAGUGUCGGUGUGUGCUCGGCGAGCGCCGUGGUUCGGCUGAUUUGUGGGACAGGUGCCAACGGAACGCCGUUCUGGACCUCCGUGACGAGAAGAAUGCCCCGUGGCUUGGCGGCGGUGCUAACAGUGCUCUGGAUGGCCACGCGGUCACGCGGCUCAGACCUAGUCUAUCUCUACCCAACGAUAACGUUUCCGAGGAACUUCACGAUGGGUCUCGGAACCUUCGUCAACUUCCGAUGCGAGUUAAAUGUGAGUGACGGCACGGCCAGUGACAUGUUCUGGCUCCAGGGUGGCGCUCGAAUACCGAACGACAGCCGGCGCCACUCGCGGCUCGAGGAGCUUUCGGAAGGGCGUUACAUCAGCUACCUGGAAGUGCGAGACCUCCGGGACGUCGACGCUGGCCGCUACGCGUGCGACGCGAAAGCCAGGCUCAACAACCUCAACCUGGUGCGCGUGGUCCCGGACAGCGUAUACCUCAGCGUGGCCGACUAUCGGGCGGCGCACUGGGGCGAGCCGUGCCUGCACCUAGUGUCCACGCCGACAUGCGUGGACGCAAACACUGGGUGCUUCCGUGACCGGCCACCCAACAGGACCACAGCGACGGGCUGGUCGUGCCAGUGUCUUGAAGGAUUUCCCAUUCACAGUACGGGACUGGGUAGAUGUGAAAAAGGAUCGCACCUGGGUGAAAGCUGCGUUGAAGACGACCAGUGCCGCUGGUUCACACAGUUUGCCGUUUGCUCGCGCGGUUGGUGCCAAUGUGCCGACGCCUACACGAUGGGCCAAGACGGCAAUCAGUGCAUCCCAGUGGUACCUGAGGGACAAGAAUGCACUAUGGACUGGGAAUGUGAGCCAUCUGGCAUGGUUUGCAUCGAACGCAGCUGCCGCUACAAAGUCGCGGUCUCUGGGGGCCAGAUAGCCGUCUUGGCGCUCCUGUCUAUCAUCGGUGCCUGUCUUCUAGUCUACCUGUUGAUUCUUCUAGCACGCCGUUCCAGAAACAAGAAAAAGAUGCAGGAAGAACCCAUCUACAUGAUACCAAUCGGGAGAUGACCUCCAGUACUGCCUGCAAUCAAGAGUGUCACAAAGUGCAAGAACACUGCGGGGCAAAUCAUCACCCAGAGACUGUGCACCAGGGCACGCGGCACGAAGAACUGUGGUGGCAGUCAGUGCAAGUUAUACAUGCCAUACGCUUGAGGUGUGUUGGUGGCGUCCAGGAACGUGACGAAGGGCUCUCUGAGCUGUGAUUGUGGUUCUUCAGGAAAUUCUCCUACAAAUGCCUCUGAAAGUUUUCUUUGAGGCUGAAGCACACUUUGGACACUUUUUCAUUUCUGAGAGUGAAGAAAAUAAGAGGCGUUUCCGAUAUUUUAACUUAUCGAAGUAAAAAUCUUAGGCUUAUUAGCUCUCCGGUCGACGAUUAAUGUUCAUGGAAGCUAACACAAAGCUCCAGAAUAAUCGCAUAAAAAAUUUCGUAGCACUUCCUGACAGACGUGCGCCACUGAGAUCGGCAACAUAUUGAAGACUUCUGGCCAGCCAUUUGACAACGCUUUGACGUGGCAUGUUGCAUGGCGCGUUAAACCAGUGCGCGCACAUAGAGCUGUGAACAAGAGCAGUGGACGAGUGCUUGGCUGAGAGCAAGCCGCACUAGCGUGGCUCAUAACGCAGAAAUUAGGACACAUUUGAUAUAUACGAAAAUUUGUAUCCAUUCACGUGAACAAGCUCUUCUCAUUCCGUUCAUGAAGCCCGCGUUACCGUUGAAACGUGAAAUUUACGCAGCUUUCGUGCGUCGUCUCGCGAACCAGACACUAUUGCGAGUAUACGCAUGGCGCCUGACGCUGGCCGCCGUCCAUCGGACGUCCUCUUCGCGUUGGCUGAAGUAUUGGCAGCAUAAACUUGGGGAACGAGCAGAAUGAAACAAUGUUACCUUUUAGGUGCACAAAUUUAUUUUGGAUUAGAUGGUUUGCCUAGGCGACUCUGGAAUUCCUAAAGCUGAUUGUAAACCGGGAAGAGAGGUAUAAAUAACGAGCUUGGUGGCACAAGCCACUCCGUCCUCUCCGAGAGCACGCUGGUAAAUUCCAUCCACCCAUUUUGAUGCAUGGUUAAAGCACAAGCCUAUAAUCGGAAAAGAUUUCAGCCUUUAUUUCACGCGUUGCUGUGGUGCUGAUAUUUGGUGGGCACGGGUAGGUGACCUAAGGAUCCAUUCAUCGCAAAUAGGCUUAGUCUACGGCAGGCAUAGAGGUGGUGAUGCCAUCGACCUGGUGCGCCAUAUUUGAGUUCCGUUUUACAACCAAGUAACAUGGCAUCGGUUCGACAAUAUGCCAGCCUAGUUUUACUUCCUUUCAAUGCAAUUUCCUGCAGAUCAGUAUUCUUUUUUUUUGCUGAGUUUUGAUGAUGGUCAUGCCUUCGACAGAUUGCGCUACGGAAAUGUGUGUGACGAUGGAUGCUGCACUACGGUAGGCCUGUUUAUAAGCUUCCUCUAAAAUAUGCGCGUUGCUUGGAAUAAAAUGGUCCACCUAUGUCACAAAAUAAUUUUGUUGAACUUGGUGACGUCGUAUGCGGUGUGUCCCAGAAGCAGAAGUGCUCCAAUUAACUAACAGUCGACUGCGCAGUUUGUCACACCCGUGAAAUUCGUCUGCUGCUUAGCCGUAUCGGUGUGAAUGACUUAAAAUACUGCAACCGGCUGCAAACACUGCAAAGGCUGCAACACAGAAACGUUCCUAACGUACUAAAUAGCGGACUUGUUGAGCUAGUUGCUAACUUUUCAGGGAUCAUUCUCGUGGUCGUGGCAAGGUAUUGUUGUAACAGUAAGUACAGUGUCCUGGACGCAGAUAUCGUGCUUGAUUACGACGAUGUGUGAAGCCGAAAAGCAGUGCUUGACAAAUUUAGGACAAGUAUUCUAGAAAUAAAGACCUGGACUUCGGCAUUUCUAAUAUAUAGAUUUUGAACUCAGUUACAGAGAAAUAAAUGAAUGCAAAUACAUGUUUAUUUAUAUAUUAAUACUAUUACUUGAAAAAUACUGUGAGCCUUAUACAAGCCAUUACAGGGAGCGGACGGGUCGGUACACGUAGGAGUACAAUGUAUCAACUAUACAUCAGUACUCAUAACCGAUACAACAGCAAUCGAUACAACAUCCUAUACAACCGAUAACAAACAAAUCGUAAGCCACAUAAGUAAGCAUAAAACAUAAGUAGACAUAAUAUAACCAAGUAUAACACAUCAAUAUGUUAUAGCAUAAGAAGGUAUUCUUCUACCCUCUCCACAAAUUUCUCUACGCUAUCCAUACCAAUAAUUUGCGGGUGCAAACCGUUAAAUAUUUCAAUGGUAGCAGGAAAAAAUGAAAAUUUGAACGUGUUGCAGCGUGUGACGUGUUGCCUGAUACGUUUAUCAUGACACUUUCUACGGGAAUGACGAUGUGGUAGUUUCAAGUGGACGUGAUUAUCUAUUGUUAUGCGAUCAUGAUAAAGCAAGAAAAGGAACUUCAUUGCUGCCACACGCUGCCGACAAGGUAGUGUAGGAAUGCGUGCGGCAUUUCGGAGAGCAGUGACGCUGUCCUGACGGGAAUAUUCUCAAUAUAUACCCUUAUGAAAAUGACUGUUGAAAUGUUGUUGGCAUAUUGUUGGCGAGUUGUUGACUCAAUAGCCUUUCAACAAUACCUCAAUCAAUAUUGAAACCACAGAGCAAACAUUCAACAAUAAAUUUGUUGGGUAGUUCACAACAAAAAGGUCGUUGACUAAAUUCUGUUGAUAUAUUGUUGAAUGCUAUUGAGUAUCAUUGCGGAAUUGUUGAGUAGUUUGGAACAAUAAAGUAGUUGACUAAAUUUUGUUGAUAUAAUGUUGAAUUAUAUUGAGUAGUAUUGAGCUAUUAUUGAGUGUUCACAACAAUAAAGCCGUUGACAAAAUGCC